AGACAAUUCUAAUAAAAUCAUCUUCCUCCUGAAUCGAUCAAUCCUUAAAUUCAUUAUAGGUAACGUCGUAGAUUUCGGAUUCCAAGCUUUGUUGGUACGAUCGAGGCGGAGUUCUGUUCUGUUCUGUUCUGCUCUGCUCUGUUCUUUUCUGUUCUGUUCUGUUCUGCUCUGUUCUGUUCUGCUUUGGAUUUUGUUUCUCUGGCGAAAAUGAAGGAGAACAUGGGAAACCCUCUGCAUAUCAAGUCGUUGAAUCACAUAUCUCUUCUAUGUCGAUCCGUCGAGGAAUCCAUGAGCUUUUACCAUAACGUUUUAGGGUUCCUACCGAUUCGUAGACCUGGCUCUUUUGAUUUCGAUGGCGCUUGGUUGUUUGGACAUGGAAUGGGUAUCCAUCUUCUUCAAUCUUCUGAGCCUGAGAAAUUACUGAAGAAAUCUGAGAUUAAUCCCAAAGAUAAUCACAUUUCUUUCCAGUGCGAAAGCAUGGAAACGGUGGAGAAGAAGCUCAAGGAAAUGGAGAUAAAGUACGUCAGAGCAGUGGUGGAAGAAGGAGGAAUCCAAGUGGACCAACUCUUCUUCCACGACCCUGAUGGCUUCAUGAUUGAGAUAUGCAACUGCGAUAGUCUCCCCGUUGUCCCUCUUGCCGGAGAGAUGGCUCGUUCCUGCUCCCGAGUCAAUAUCCGCCAGCUGGUCCAGCCAUCACACCCAACUCAAAUCCACCCCUAGUUCUCUGUCUGCUCAUCUCCCUAAAGUCUGUUUGGUAGAUAACUGUGAUGUGUUUGUCUCUUUGAUUGUGUGUGUGUAUAAUUAAAUAUUGCGUCUAAUAAUUGUAAUAAGUAAGACAGAAGUUGAUGUGAUUCCGAUUCCUCAAGCUGGAAAAUGACCAUUUGCUUCA